GUUUUUAACUUGAAGGAAGGUAAACACGAGAUGUAGCUUUAGAAAAGCGCGCAUUACCUUGCUUCCAUGGCUAAUACAUGGAUCAUGUCAUAAGUUAACGUUUAAAUACAGCAGAACACGCCCCAUUUGACUGUGCAAUCGGAGUGACUGAGAAUAAAUCUGCAGAUUUUGAAGAUGGCCAUGUUUGAGACUGUUCCGGUGGUGGAUGUUCACAAAGAAAAUUUUAAAGAAAUAUGGCCGUCAUUGUUGCUGUCAAUAAAAACUUCAACAUUCAUUGCCAUGGACACAGAACUCAGUGGGUUAGGAAACCGGAAAUCCCUAGUUGCCAAAUCUAUAGAGGACCGCUAUAAAGGCAUAGCCAACAGUGCAAAGUCACGUUCCAUACUCUCCAUUGGUAUCUCGUGCUUCAAACUCACCAAUGUGACAAACUCAUUAAAAGACCAGUCCACAGAUUCUAGUCAGGAGGUCCCACAAGGAAUGGAAGGAUCUGGAGGGUGUCAAUGGAAAUUUUUGGUACAGACAUACAACAUCACAACACUAUGUGAGGAAGAAUACACCGUGGAGCCUGCGUCAUUGAAGUUUCUCAUAGAGCAUGGGUUUGACUUCAACCGACAAUAUGCCAAAGGGGUGCCUUACUGUAGGGGGAAUGAUAAGGAUGAAAGUAAGACAGACAAAAUGUCUUUACGUCAGCUUUUUAUGGAGGUCCUUGGUGCUUCAUGUCCUAUCGUCUUUCACAAUGCUCUGAUGGACUUGGUGUUUCUGUAUGAAAAUCUGUAUGCCAGCACGCCACCGAACAUGGCCUCUUUCCUGGCCGAUCUCACAGAAAUGUUUCCCGCGGGUAUCUUUGAUACGAAAUACAUAACAGACUACCAACACAAGAUGCCUGCCUCCUACCUGGAAUAUGUCUUCAGGAAAUGUUUGAGAACCAAUAAGGAGUUUUCAUUGUCGGGUAAAAAACAUGCAUGGACAGAUUUUCCGACAUAUCCUGCAGGGUUUUCCCAUAUCACUCGCUGUAACUGUGUACGUCCAGGGGCAGCCAUCCCCUCCACUAUCGAUAAGGACACUCAAGAACGACUAAAGUCAUCUGUUUGUGAGAGCUAUGCUGGCCAUGGAUGGUGUAGUCGUGGUAACGCUUGUGUCAAAUCACAUGAUGUCGACCUCAUUCUAGAUAUUGACUUCCUUGCUCAGUCCAAGAAAAGUCGUAAACGAAAGCGUCGCAGAGAUAACCAGAAAACAGAUGGAGAGAAUGGAGGUUUUAUGGAGCCAGAAGAGCAAGAAAUGGAAUCCAAUAUAGCUGAAAUGUCACUUGUUGCCAAGGAUGCAUCUGAAACGUGUGAAAAUGACACUUCAAAAACCUCGAACACUGGUGCAGCAAUUCUUUCUGGCGUUGUGGGAACCACUAAAGGGCCAGUAGUGUCCGGUAAACACAGGGCAGGAUUUGAUGCAUUCAUGACUGGCUACAUCAUGGCAAGCUAUGUGUCAGAGUACGGUACUUACAGAGGCAGUUUGAAUAUUGAAAAUGUGGGUUUAGAGCAAAUCAGAAACCUUGUGUAUUUAACAGGAAAAGACAUAGCUUUAUCUGUUGUCAAAAGUGGCUUUGCUAAAACAUCCAAAGACCAUAGAGAAAAGUUAUCAAAAAUUCGUCAUAUUUCAUCUUGAAUUUUUGAAGUAAUCUUAAAUGCCAUUGUUAUUGAAUCUGAUAGUAGUGAUUUGUAUUUUGAGUAACUCAUUAGUUUUAGAUCUGUAGCUCUAUAACGCAGGUUGAUGGUAGAACAGAGAUGGGUGGAACUGAUGGAUUGGAAAUCAUCCAUCUGUCUGUUGGGUCAAAGGUAUGUCAGUUUGUCUUUGGCAUUUGUAAGUGUUGCUUAGUUUUUAAAAAUCCUUAGGAUUGAUAUUUUAUGGAAAUAGUUCUUAGUUUAAAUUUUAAAGCAAAAUAAUAAUAGCAGAUGCUGGCAAACUAAGUAAUAUGGUAUAGUUGCACAUGCUAAGUACUUCGACCUCUUCUUGCUGAUAAUAUCCUAUUCUGUGUAGAGUUAUAUCCCUUUGACUAAGUAUUCGCACACAUAGGGUAGCCAAAUCUUGCACGUGUUGAAACCUUAGUGUAGGGGACUCACUAUGUGUAACUUUUACUAUGUUGUGUUGAAGCCUUAGUGUAGGGGUCUGCUCAUUAUGUGUAACUUUAACUAUGUUGAAUAUUCAAGAUUUAACAAGACAAAAUCUAUUAAUGUUUUGAACAUUUUUAUUAACUGAUGUCUGUUUGUCAAAUGUGAACAAUCUAAAACAAUAAAACAAACUAAAACAAGAUAUUAGCAUUUUCUAUAUAUAUCUGUAGUCAUGGACGAAAUUUCUAAGAUACAGCAAUUUAUUCUUAAUAGAGAGAAACUUUGAAACACAUUUGAGAUUUUAGUAAUAAGGGCAACAUACGAAGAGAUUAACACCAACACGUAGAAAAAAUUUAGUAUGUAAACUGGAAAAAUAAUGGAAGCUAUCAUCCAAUUUGUGGAUUCAACCUGUGUAUGCACUGAAUAUUACUGAAAAAUCUUUUGGGCAAUUACAUUUUCUUUUUCAAUGACUCGGUCUUGGGAACACAUAGCUUUGAUAUUACCUUACCUGGAAAAAUGUUGCUAUGACAUUGUACAUGUGCAUACUUCUACAAUAUUUCCCAGGCAAUGUAUGAUGGCAGUUUUGUAAAAUUUUGCAUUCGCUAUGUUUUUUUGUAUGAUGGCAGUUUUGUAAAAUUUUGCAUUCGCUAUGUUUUUUUUGUUUUUUUUUUAUCUAUUUCUUUAACAUUUUAAAAAGAAAUAGGUACAUUAUGUUUUUAUCAAUGAUUAAAAUUGAAAAUGUAAACCCAUGUAGGGCGUACUUUGGGGGGGGAAAGCAUACAUGUACAGUAAAUGUUACAAGAAAAUCUAUGAAAGACUGCAACCUGUUUGCAAGCUACUCACUCUUAAGUGGCAAGGUGUAUGUGAUCAGGGAUGAGGGAGGGGGAGGGGGUACUUCUUUGCUCCUUUUUUAUGGUCUGUUCCACAUUAGUUAAUUGCCAACUGAAAUACUUGUGACUGCCAAAUACAUCUCAAGUAUAUUGGUCUUAAAUAUGAGGUUUACUUUAAAACAGCCAAAGAAAUAAAAUGCUUUUUUUCAUAUUCAGACAAGAAAAAAAAAGAUGUCUGAAUAAGUAUAUAUGAAAUAUCAAGGAAAAGGCGAAAUUAUCAUGACAAAAUGUAAAAACAUGAGAUGAACUUCUGAUAAAAAAUGGAUUGUCGCCAUUGUAACUACAACAA